GCCCUGUCCCCCCUCAUGGCAGGGCACCCCGGUGCCCAGAGGGAUUUUGGGGUGCUCAGGAGGGAGAGCUGCCAAGGGGAUGAAUGGUGCAGGCAGGAGAGGGGCUGUGUUUUCCUCAUUCAUCAAAUCUGAGUUAGUGGGUGGGCUUGGCCAGCCAGCCCCAGGAAACCUGCACCCCCUGGGGCUUCAGGGGUUAAAUCAACACACCACAAAUUGAGGAAGAAGAUUAGGGAAUAAGCGAUCCUACUAAAUUCCUCGUGAUCCCAAGCCACGGGAAAAUGGGGUGAGGCAGUGUGAGUCACCCUGGAGAGGAGCAGCACAAGGGGAUCAGGCAGGAGGGGAGACCACCCGCUGUGGGCAGAGCAGCCAAGGAUCAGCGCCGUGAGCCUGCCAGGACCUGCCAAGGCAAGUGCCAGGACCAACAGGAGAGAGAUGAGGAGAAGGGUGGGCAAAGGGCCUAUGGUUACACUUGGAUAUAGCUCAGGUGUUGGUCUGCACCUCCCUGGAAGGGGCUUGGUCUGUUAAUAUCACUGUUACCAUUCUAAUAGCUUUUGCUGUCAUGAUUUGUUGCUGCUCAUCCAAAGAGGAUUGGUCACACUGGGGGAUCUGGGUUUCCAUGGUUUUGCUGCUGGUCCAUGCUGGAUUGCUGCUGUGGGCUGGUGAUGAAGGUGUUGUUCUGACACACUGACAUCAACAGCAAAAUUUGGGUUUCUCUGGUCGAGGUGGUUUCUGUGAGGUGCAGCUGCACAUGCUAUAGAGAAGGACUUCAUAUUAAUUAUAAAUUCAUUUAUCUAAUCUGGCUUUUCAUACGCAUAUUGUGUACAGUUGCUCGCAAAGAUUUUCACCUCUCUCGAGCUGCAGAUAACAGCUCUGUUGUGAUUUCAGGUCUUGGCUUGCUAGUGAUGGACAGCACCUCUUCUUCCCCUUCCCCCUUCUCUGCCAGCUGCCCCACGGAGCAGCCUGACAAUGCCACUGACCAUGACUACUACUCUGGCCUGCAGAAGACCAUGCACAUCCUCUCCAUGGUGGUGUACAGCAUCGCCUGUCUGCUGGGCGUGUCAGGGAACGGCCUCGUCAUUUGGAUUGCAGGCUUCAAGAUGAAGAAGACGGUGAAUUCCAUCUGGUUCCUCAACCUGGCCAUAGCUGACUUCAUCUUUACCUUUUUCCUGCCCCUCAGCAUCGCCUACACCGCCCUGGGCUUCCACUGGCCGUUUGGGAAGCUCCUGUGCAAGCUGAACAGCACCAUAGCCUUCCUCAACAUGUUUGCCAGCGUCUUCCUCCUGACGGUGAUCAGCAUCGACCGCUGCGUUUCCGUGGCCUUCCCCGUCUGGUCUCACAACCGCAGGAGCCCGGAGCUGGCGGCCAGGAUCGCGCUGGGGACGUGGCUCCUGGCUGUCCUGCUCAGCUCCCCGUACCUCGUCUUUCGGGACACCGUGGUCAGCUCCAGGAACGUCACCAGCUGUUACAAUAAUUUCGCGCUGUCUGACGAUUACACGUCGGAGGCGACGCGCAGGCUCUGGAGGAUGCGGCACAAAGCGAUGAUCGUCACGCGGUUCUUGUGUGGGUUCCUCAUCCCCUUCAUGGUGAUUCUCAUCUGCUACAGCGUCGUGGCUGUCAAGCUGAAAAGAAGGCAGCUGGCCAACUCUGCAAAGCCCUACAGAAUCAUCAUCGCUGUCACAGCCUCGUUUUUCCUCUGUUAUUUCCCAUAUCACGUCUUCUCCUUGCUGGAAAUAUCCAACAACUCUUCCAGCCAUGAGAUGAAACUGGCCCUUUACAUAGGGAUCCCUUUGGUUUCCAGCCUCGCUUUCUUCAACAGCUGCAUCAACCCCAUCCUGUACGUCUUUGUGGGGCCGGAUUUCAAGGAGAAGUUUCGCCAGUCCAUCCUGUCGACCUUUGAAGGGGCCUUCAGCGAGGAGUCGGUCCUGGGCAGCCUGACCAGCCGGCGCAAGUCCAGGUCUGCUUCGGAAGUGGAGGUCCUGAGGGUCUGAGCAGGGGCUGGUGUGGAAGGGGCUGUUGUUUUCUCUGCAAUUUCCCUCGUUCAGAGCUCAAAUCACGGGACUGGGCACUGUGAAGGGCUGCACAUGCUAACGAGGUGUGAUUUUGUGUUUUGGAGAUGUCUCAAAUAUGCUAUGAUUUAACACACAAUGGGGAUGGAAGAACUCUCUGGAGCUGCAGCAAGACAGGACAAAUCAGUGGUCGUGCUGCUGUUACUCAGAGUUGAUGUAUUUCUGAGCAACGCUUGUCUCUGUUUGUGUUUGACAUGUUUCCAGCUCUUAAAUAGCAGAGAUCUGAUACAUUGUGCUGUUGGUGAAUGAAUAUUGAUCC